AAGAAAACAAUACCAAGAUCUCCAGCUUAUAUUUUCAUUCGGAGCCUCCCUUGACUACAUCUCGGUAAUGGAAGUUUGCUGAAUACUUUUUGUCUUAUAUUAAUUAGACAUUGGCUAUGAUUGGGGGACGGCCUAGUACCAACCUCUUGUUGGGCGCGGUGCUUUUUACCUGUAUUUGCCUCACAUAUUUGGGUUCCGGGUCCGCACGCAAUGAACGGGGCUCGACUCCGAGCCCCCCGAGAUGGAGAUUAUCAUCGGCGAGCCAAGGAAAAUCGGAUGUAUUUAAUAGAACACUUGGCUUCGAGAAGGUCUUCGUCAUAGGCCUCCCCGAACGUUCAGAUAAGCGAGAUGCAUUGACACUGAUGGCUGCGCUCACGGGGUUCAAGUUGAGUUGGAUCGACGGCGUUAUCGGCAGUACCAUUCCGGACAAGGCUUUGCCGUUUGGAUGGGAUCGCGAGACGAUGCGGGAUAGCAACCUAGGUUCCUGGCGCGGCCAUGUAAACGCGAUGCGACGCAUAGUCGAGAACGGAAUCUCGUCGGCGUUGAUUGUAGAAGAUGAUAUGGACUGGGACGUAAAUAUUAAAUGGCAACUAGCCCGGUUCGCGGCGGCAGCCCGUUCCUUGCAAAACGGAUUCCACCGAAACCAGACACUCGAAUCGCCGAGCCCAUAUGGUCAAGACUGGGAUAUGUUGUGGUUAGGUUCAUGUGUAGCAACAUUCGAUGAAGACCUCCCCGAACACCUUCAGAUCCCACUUGAGGAGCGCGACUCCCGCAAGAUUUUCAUCCACGACGACCCGACGGUACCAUCGCCGGGGCACAUACUAGGAAAUGGCUCCUUUAGUUGGGACGAUUAUCCUCCGCGCACGCGCAUAGUAUAUGUACCUGGCGAUAACGUGUGUAGCUUCGCAUACGCGUUGAGCGCGGCCGGAGCGCAAAAGGCGUUGCAGCAUAUGGGACUUGAAGGACAGCACAAGCCCUUCGAUAAUCACCUUAGUGAUCUUUGCCGGCUGCGCAUUAAUGGUAUGCGGUGUGUGAGCAUAGUGCCAAGUCUCUUCGUACAUCACCGGCCGAAGGGCAAGAUUGGCGGCGACUCGGAUAUUAAUAAAGGCGCCGAGAACGAAGAGGUACGAGAGGUGGGAUUUACCGAGAAUAUAGUAUAUAGCACACGUUUGAAUCUGAAAAAUCUGGUUAGAGGUUUGGAUCCAGAGAAGCAAUGGGUAGAUUGAUGAUCACGACUAAUAGGUCUAGGUCUAUAUGGGCGGUUAUUUAUCAUUGGUGAAGCUCUUUAGAAUAUGGAUACCUAAAAUAUGAAACUCAUUUAAGAUAAAACCCAUAUGAACUAUAAAGGAUGGAUUUAUAUGCAUUUAUAUUUUAACUAAAAACAAUUUUCAUCUUUCAUUUUUCACUCUGAUUCCUCAUCAG